AUGACCGCCGCGACUCUAGAGCAAACCGCCGCAAGAGCAAUGGCCACUGGCCAGCCCGAGAUGAUCAAAGCUGGAGGCAAGGUCGCCUACCAGAAUAACCAUCAAAACGGUGUUGGUCCCUUCGGCGAGGUUGACGACGCAACGGUGAAGGCGGCUGGUGCCCACGUCGAACAGUUCUACAAGAUCAUCGAGAAACCACUCGGCCAGCGACGCCACAUCCGCAUCGCUUGCUUGGGCGCUGGAUACUCGGGCCUCAUGAUGGCCAUCGUCUUUAGCCAGCGCCUCCAGGGCAAAAAUGCCGAGUUUGUUAUUUACGAGCGCAAUGAGGACCUGGGUGGGACGUGGCUAGAAAAUAGCUUCGCUCCCAAGCCCGACUGGCCCAACUACUACGCUACAUCCGAGCAGAUCCACCAGUACAUGCAUAGCGUAGCCGACCAGUAUGACUGCAACAAGUAUAUCAAAUAUAAUCACAGCAUCAAGUCCGCCGUGUGGGACGAAAGUAAGGCUAAAUGGCAGGUCACUAUUGAAAAGUCACCCCAACGUCUUACAUUCGUAGACGAGGUCGACAUCUUCAUCAACGCUGGAGGCGUUCUGAACAACUGGAAGUGGCCCAAUAUUCAAGGUCUGGAGACCUUUGAAGGGAAGCUGGUGCAUUCGGCUCGAUGGGAUACAGAGUACGACUUCAGCGGAAAGCGAGUAGCCAUUAUUGGCGUCGGAUCUUCCGGUAUCCAAAUUGCGCCGCAGCUCGCUACUAUCUGCGACUCUCUGGACCUCUUUAUCCGCAGCCAGACGUGGAUCUCUCCUGGUCCUGGCAUCAAUGAGCCUACUGCCAACGAUCCCGACAUGGACUCGGAGUACAACUUUUCGGAAGCGGCGCUCGAGCUGUUCAAAGACCCCCAAAUUCUUCGCGAUUAUCGCGCAGCCAUGAUUGAUCGUCGCAACGUCAACUACAAGCGUUGGAUAGCUGAUAGUGACGAGCAAGCAGAGGCCGUGGAGCUCUUCCGUGCCACCAUGAAACAGAGGCUUGGCGACAGCGAAAAGGGUCGUAAGGCCGCUGAAUGCCUUUUGCCCUCAUUUCCGGUCGGAUGUCGAAGGCCUACCCCAGGGCCUGGAUUCCUAGAGGCCUUGACCAGAGACAACGUCGAUCUGCGCUGGGAUGAUAUCAGCCAGAUCACACGCAGAGGGAUACUCACCAAGUCAGGCGAAAAGAAGUACGAUGUUAUCGUCUGCGCUACCGGCUUUGAUACAUCCUUCAAACCUUCCUUUCCAAUCAUCGGUCGCAAUAAGGUAUCUCUCACUGACAAAUGGACCGAAGAGGUGCCAAAAGCGUAUUUCAGCCUUACGGUACCUGAUUUUCCGAAUUACUUCUGCUUUAUUGGUCCGAACAGUGUUAUCAACAACGGAUCCUUGGUCCUUGGAAUCCAAAUGACUGCAGUUUAUAUAUAUAGAUGGAUCGAGAAGAUACAGACGGAAAUGCUUCGGUCCGUUGAGGUACGCAGUGACGCCAAUGAAGACUUCAAUCAGCACAUACAGGCCUAUCUAGAGCGUACGGUGUGGACGCGGAACUGCCGAAGCUGGUAUAAGAACGGCACGAUUGACGGGCCCGUGACCGCCGUGUAUGGCGGCACCACGUUUCACUUCAUGGAGGCUCUCAAACACCCGCGUUGGGAGGACUUUCACAUGACAAGAGAGCCUUCAGCGGCGAAUCGCUUCGCGUACUUGGGUAAUGGCUUCACACUCAGCGAGGCCAGGGGCGAUAGUGUGGGUGUGACGCAAACUAUCAACUUUGACGACUUCAUGAGCCUGUUUGUCCUGCCAAAUACCUAUAGCUAG